CGAGGCUGGUCGGACGGAUGACGACGCAUGUAUAGGGGAUGUGCUGGCUAAACUGUUGAUUUUGAUUAGCGGCGUGAUGGACUCGGCGGGGUUAAUACAACACGAUAACGAAGGGGAGCUGCAACGUGGAGCGGAAGAAUGGCUGAUCAUCUUGGAGAGAGGAUGCAGGCGCCUACAGGGGCUUGUUGAGGAAUUGUCUGAGCGGUCAAAUGAAGAGCCAGGGAUCGACGGGAGGCCGAUCUCACUGGCGGGCUGGCUGAACGACACGGCCGAAGACAUCCUGGAGGUUUUGUGGGAGCUGGUUGAGGGGCCGGAUCCCCAGCUCGACGCAUACAUCGACUGGUGGCGGGCGGAUAGCAUGAUGAAUACCUGUACGGCUCUUUGUGCAAAGGGUUGUGAUCUGCGCUUUCUGAUGGAAGAUCGGAUUGCAUCCGUUGAAAUAAUAAUACCAACAACUGUAUCUACAACGCUGCUUUCCAGAUCAGAAGCAGCGGCGACAUCAACACUGGCGAUAUCAACGGCAACAUCAUGCAAUCAACUGGAGGAGCGGCGGAGAGGUGGCGAGAGGGAUGCGAUGGGCGACAACGACGACAAGGACGACGGCUUGAAGGGAAGCUCCGAGGACAACAACGACAAUAACAACAACAGCAACAACGACAACAACAACAACAGUGACAACAACAACAAUAACAACAGCAACAACAACGACGAUGGUAACAACAACGACGAUAGAGACGACAACAACAACAACGACAACAACAACAACAACAACAACAACAACAACAACAACAACAACAACAACAACAACAAGCAGCCCCAGAAUACCAAACACACUGUUCAUGGUCUCAAAGCGAUUGACAACAACAACGAUGCUGUUGGGAGCGGUGGAGAUGCUGAUAAUAACAGCACAAAUAAUAUUGAUGAUAACGAUAACGACGGCUAUGGCUGGGAUGAUAUGGAUGAUAUGACGACUAAUCGGGGUUGUAGUGGAAUGAUCGGUGUUGUUAGUUGGCAGCGGAGGGGCAUGGGUUAGUUGGUGGUGAAUGGUCUUGCCCGGCCCGCAAUUCCAAUCAGGAUGGGAGGUGGUUAGUUUAGGUUUUCCUGUCAUCGCAGUUGUGUGUCUAAGGAUUACGUACGGACUGGAAGAGCAGUUAAUCCCCUCUUAGGAGGGCAAUCAAUGCUGCUUUUCACU